UUCAAACUCCCAAUGUCUCUCUCAUAGCUGCUGAGUCAGACUGUUGAACCGUGCAGAGCUGGUACUUUGUGGAUUCCAGGGGACGUGGGACAGAGUUUCAAAGCUCUGGCCCCUGACCAUAAAGGCCUGGGUACCUUUGGUCUUUAUCCUGGAUUUUGGAAAAACCUGAAGCAUCCAAGGACCUGAGGCUGCCUACAGAUCUUGGAAAAUCAAGGCCAAGAUGGACGGUCUACAAAUAAAGCAAAAUGGCCACACAGAAGUCCACAGACCUGUGGCUGGCAUAUUUCUGGAGAACACAAAGGAGAAGAUAACCAUAUAUCAAGCCAUGAAAAAACGUAUGCUUAAGGCAGGAACAGCAUUAGCCCUGCUUGAAGCACAAGCUGCCACAGGGGGCAUCAUAGACCCAAAAAACAACAGAGUACUUCCUGUUGCAGACGCUGUUAAAGAGGGAGUAGUUGGACCAGAGAUGAAAGAGAAACUCCUCACGGCAGAGAAAGCCAUCAGUGGCUAUGUAGACCCCUACACCAAGCAAACAAUAUCUGUAUUCCAGGCAAUGCAGAAAGAUUUAGUUCCAAGAGAUUAUGGAUUGAGGCUUCUGGAAGCACAGAUAGCCACACAAGGCCUGUUUGAUCCCACUCAGAAGUCAAAUAUUUCAAUUGAAUCAGCGAUUCAAAAGGGCUACUAUGAGAAAGGUUUGCUCAACGACCAGAUGUCAGAGCUCAAAGUGUUCUACCAUCCAAUUUCACAAGAAAAUCUCAACUACCAGAACCUCCUAGAGAAAUGUACUGUGGAGCCCGGCACAGACCUGCUGCUCCUUCCUGUUUGCAUCACCUUCAAAGGUCUGCGAAGAGGCAUUUCCUCCAUUCAGCUCUUUGAAUCAAAGAUCAUUGACAAAGGAACAUUUGAUGACCUACAGAAGGGAAAGACCACAACACAGGAUGUGUUGCUGAUGGAACAAGUUAAAGAAUACCUGGUGGGCAAAGCCAGUAUUGCAGGAAUUGCGCUACUCUCAACCAAUCAGAGAAUGAGCAUUUAUGAAGCCAUGAAACAACGCAUACUCAUGCCUGGAACAGCACUUAUUCUACUGGAGGCACAAGCUGCAACUGGAUUCAUGAUUGAUCCUGUCAAAAAUAAAACCUACACUGUGGACGAGGCCGUCAAAAUCAAACUUGUUGGCCCAGAAUAUCAUGCAAGGCUGCGUUCAGCUGAGAAAGCAGUAACUGGAUACAAAGACCCAUACACAGGUGAGACUAUAUCCCUGUUUCAAGCACUGUCAAAAGACCUCAUCGUUAAGGAUCAUGGGAUCCGACUGCUUGAGGCGCAAAUUGCUACAGGUGGAAUAGUAGACCCAGUCAACAGUCACAGACUUCCAACUGAAGUGGCCUUCAAGAGAGGUUACUUUAAUGAGGAAAUGAAUGCCAUACUAGAGGAUCCAGGGGAUGACACAAAAGGGUUUUUUGAUCCAAACACCGAAGAUAAUCUUACCUAUCUUCAGCUGAUGGAACGGUGUGUCACUGAUCCAGUCACUGGACUGUGCCUCCUCCCACUCAAUGGCAAGUCUGGCAGCUUGAAUUUCAACUUCAUUGACUACCAAAGUAAAAUGGCCCUAAAAAAUGAGAAGGUGAAAGUGACAUGUGGAAAGUACAUGGGAAUGACAGUAUCUCUGUGGGAACUGCUGAUGUCAGAAUACUUUGAUGAACAGCAGAGGCGAGACAUCAUUCAGAAGUAUAGAGAGGGGAAGCUCACUAUCAAAAUGACAAUUACAACAGUUAUGGAAGUCAUAGAGAAGUCUGUAAAAACAACUAAAGUUGUCUUUGAAGGCAUCAGAGGAACUGUCACGGCCAGUCAGCUUGAGGAGGCAGACAUCAUAACUAAAGACGUCUUGGAGGAUCUGACAAAGGGAAAAAAGUCAGUGAAAGAGGUGAUGGAAGAUGAAAAUGUAAAUGUGUACUUGCAGGGGAAAGACAGUAUUGCAGGUAUCCUGCUUCCUGAUUCUCAAAUCAUGACCAUCUACCAGGCUAGACAGAAAGGAAAGCUGAUGCCAGGAACUGCUCUCAUUCUGCUUGAGGCACAGGCAGCAACAGGGUUCAUUAUUGACCCUGUUGGAAACAGGAAGUUUUCAGUGGAUGAUGCUGUCAAAGCAAAAAUUGUGGGGCCUGAUAUCUGUCAAAAACUGCGCUCAGCAGAGAAAGCAGUCACUGGGUACAAAGAUCCAUAUGACGGUAAAAUAAUCUCCUUGUUCCAAGCAAUGCAGAAAGACCUCAUCCUACAAGAUCAUGGAAUUCGGCUCCUGGAAGCACAAAUUGCCACCGGUGGGAUCAUUGACCCAGUGAACAGCCAUCGGAUUCCUAUCCAUGUGGCCUACAAGAGGGGGUACUUCAAUGAGCAAAUGGAUCAGAUCCUGAGGGAUCCAAGUGAUGAUACCAAAGGUUUUUUUGACCCCAACACUCAUGAGAACCUGACAUACUUGCAGCUCAUGGCCAGAUGUGUCACAGAUCCCAGUACAGGUCUGUGUCUCUUGCCACUCAAAAGCAAAAGUAAUAAAAUUCACAUUGAUGAUAAUCUUUGUGAAACAUUCAAAACAACAGUUACAGUUAAGUAUGGAAGGUUCGAGGGCAAGCACACAACACUGUGGGAUCUUAUCAAUUCAGAGUAUCUGUCAGAGGACAAACGACAGGAGUUUUUUAAGCUCUUCAAAUCAAGAAAAAUCACAAUAGAGCAACUCAUCGUCACCAUUUUAGAGAUCAUUGAAAAUAAGGAGAUAAAACAGCAAGCAGGGUUGAACUUUGAAAGUCUCAGAGGCAAGGUCUCUGUUGUGGAUCUUCGGGAGGUUGGAAUUGUGAAUGAAACAACCUACAACAGUUUGAUCGAUGGAAAGCUGUCAAGCACUGAUGUACUGAAAAUGGAUAGCGUGAGAGACUACCUACAAGGAAAAAGUUGUGUAGCUGGUGUGAUUCUGCAACCCUCCAAUCAGAAGCUAAGCAUCUAUGAGGCACAAAAAAUUGGUAUUGUUACACCUGGCACUGCCCUUUGCCUCCUUGAAGCACAAGCAGCCACAGGGUUCAUUGUCGACCCUCUGAAAAACAAAAAGUUUACAGUGGAACAAGCUCUCAGAGAAAAGAUAAUUGGUCCACAGAUGUAUGAAAAGCUGUUGACUGCAGAGAGGGCAGUCACUGGUUACACAGAUCCGUACAAUGGUCAAAAGAUCUCACUUUUUCAAGCCUUGAAAAAGGAUCUAAUUGUCAAGCAGCAUGGCAUCCGUUUACUUGAAGCCCAGAUCGCUACAGGUGGUAUCAUUGAUCCCUUGAUGUGUCUACAUCUACCCCUUGAGGUUGCAUACAAGAAAGGAUAUUUUGAUGCAGAACUCAAUCAAAUCCUGACAGACCCAUCUGACGACACAAAGGGUUUUUUUGACCCAAAAACAAAAGACAAUCUGACAUACAUGGAGAUGUUGGGCAGGUGUGUAAGAGAUAAGGAAACAGGACUGUUUCUCCUGCCACUGGAUGACAAACCUGGAACAAAGGCAGAAAUGUAUACUGACACAGAAAUAAAAAAAGAGUUCGAAAAGACAGGUCUGAGCAUAUCAGUAGGACGCUACUCAGGAAAAUCAGUUUCUCUAUGGGACCUGAUUCACUCUGGGUACUUCACCGAGGAACAGCGGCUUGAUUUAAUUGAAAAAUACAGAGCAAAGAAGAUUACCACACACACCAUAAUCACACUCGUGAUUUCCACCAUUGAGCAACUGGAGAAGAGUAAAACUCUCAAAAUGAUAAUGGGUCUGAGAAAGCCUGUCUCUGCAACUACACUAAUGGAUUCUGAUAUCCUCAAUGCAGAUACAUUCAAACAAGUUAAAGAAGGAACACUCACUUUUGAGGCAGCAACCCAAUGUGAAUCUGUGAGAGGAUACCUGAGGGGAACCGGAAGCAUUGCUGGAAUUAAGCGUCAUCCCUCCAAAACAGUAAUGAGCAUAUAUGAGGCAAAAAGGGAAAAUCUGUUAACACCAGGCAUUGCACUUCUACUGCUUGAAGCGCAGGCUGCAACAGGAUGGGUGAUUGAUCCUCUCAAAAACAAAUUCUAUACUGUUGAUGAGGCAGUGGGAGAGAAAGUAAUUGGACCAGAUGUACACGAGAACCUUCUCUCUGCUGAACGAGCUGUCACCGGCUAUCAAGAUCCAUAUACAGAUGCAAAAAUUUCACUAUUUGAAGCCAUGAAUGAACAGCUUAUUCAGAAAAGUGAUGGCAGCCGUCUUCUUGAGGCACAAUUAGCAACUGGAGGAAUCAUUGACCCAAAACAAAGCCACAGACUACCUGUCCACAUAGCUAUUAAAAAGGGAUAUCUUGAUGAAAAAAUGAGCAAAAUUCUGUUGAACCCCACUGAUGAUGCAAAGGGAUUCUUUGACCCAAAUACCAAAGACAAGAGCUCUUACCACCAGCUGAUAAAACAAUGUGAGAAAGAUCCUGAAACUGGGCUACUUCUUCUACCCUUGUAUGAAGAGGAGUGCCAUGUAUUUCACACAGAUGAACAAAUAGAGCUUGCAUUCAAAAACAAAACUGUUGCCAUGCAUGCAGGAAAAUUUAAAAAUAAGGUAGUGACAUUGUGGGAAGUACUGCUCUCUGAAUACAUAUCAGAGCAAAAGAGGAAGCAGCUCCUACAGCAAUACAAGACAGGAGCCAUGAAAAUGGAGGAGAUCAUUGAAAUACUCACAGUUAUCAUUACAGAGGUAUCAACCAAAGAAAAAAAGUUCAAAGGACUAAGGAAGCAGGUUUCAGCCAGUGAGUUGUAUGAAUCAAAAAUAAUCUCAAAGGAGCUCUUUACGCAGAUUAUAAAGGGGGAAAUCACUGACGAGAAAAUUAAGAAAAUGGAAUCAAUUCAAAAAUACCUUGGAGCUACAAACUGUAUAGCAGGAGUCAGAGUUGAAUCUACAGAGAAAGUUAUGAGCAUCUAUGAAGCCAGAACCAAAGGCCUGAUUGCCCCUGGCACUUCUCUUGUGCUGUUGGAAGCACAAGCAGCGACUGGCUUUGUCAUUGAUCCAGUGACCAACAAGAAACUUUCAGUAGAGGAAGCUGUGGCUCAAGGAGUGGUUGGCAGUGAGUGGAAAAACAAACUGCUUUCAGCAGAAAGGGCCGUAACAGGAUACAAAGAUCCCUACACUGGAAACACAAUUUCUUUGUUCCAAGCUUUGAAAAAAGAUCUCAUUGUGAAAGAUCAUGGAAUUCGUCUCCUUGAAGCGCAAAUUGCAACAGGAGGAAUAAUUGAUCCAGUCUACAGUCAUCGAGUGCCAGUACAGGUGGCAUAUCAAAGAGGUUACUUUGAUGAGGAAAUGAACCAGAUCUUGUCUGAUCCUGAUGAUGACACCAAGGGCUUCUUUGAUCCCAACACCAAAGAGAACCUAACCUAUCUCCAGCUGGUGGAGAGAUGUGUCACAGACCCAAAAACAGGCCUUAACUUACUGUCCAUUGUAAAGAAAGGCGAGUUUUAUUUCUUUGUUGAUGAGGCUACAAAACUCAUUCUGAAAUCUACAACAACAACCAAAGCAGGAGGGAAAUACCAAGGAACAACAGUGUCUCUGUGGGAUCUGCUCUACUCCAAAUACAUCACUGAGGAGAAGAGGAGAGAGCUUGUGCAACAGUACAAGUCUGGGUCAAUCACAAUUGGUCAUCUUUUAGAGAUUAUCCUGACAAUCAUUCAGCAACAAACAAAAUCAGACAGCAACACAACAAAAACUACUAUCACCACAACUACAGUCACAGAGACAUGUGAAGUCCAAACCUUCCAUGGAAUCAGGAAGGAAGUCAGUGCUACUGAGCUGCUAGAAUCAAAAAUCAUCACUGAGGAACUCUACAAAGAUCUUAACUCUGGAAAAGUCACAGUCACGGAAGUGAGCGAAAUGGUUUCAGUAAGCAAGUACCUUGAGGGGACCAACAGCAUUGCAGGGGUGUACGUGCAGUCUACCAUGGAGACCCUGAGUAUCUACGAAGCCAAAAGUAAAGGCCUGCUGACUCCUGGUACUUCUCUGGUUCUGCUGGAGGCCCAAGCUGCCACUGGCUUUGUCAUUGAUCCAGUGAACAACAAGAAACUUUCAGUAGAGGAAGCUGUGGCUCAAGGAAUGGUUGGCAGUGAGUGGAAAAACAAACUGCUUUCAGCAGAAAGGGCCGUAACAGGAUACAAAGAUCCCUACACUGGAAACACAAUUUCUUUGUUCCAAGCUUUGAAAAAAGAUCUAAUUGUGAAAAAUCAUGGAAUUCGUCUCCUUGAAGCGCAAAUUGCAACUGGAGGAAUAAUUGAUCCAGUCUACAGUCACAGAGUGCCUGUACAAGUGGCAUAUGAAAGAGGUUACUUUGAUGAGGAAAUGAACCAGAUCUUGUCUGAUCCUGAUGAUGACACUAAGGGCUUCUUUGAUCCAAACACUAAAGAGAACCUAACCUAUCUCCAGCUGGUGGAGAGAUGUGUGACCGAUCCCAUCACUGGCUUUAGCUUACUGGUCAUUGUGAAGAAAGGCGAGUUUUAUUUCUUUGUUGAUGAGGCUACAAAACUCAUUCUGAAAUCUACUACAACAAACAAAGCAGGGGGGAAAUACCAAGGAACAACAGUGUCUCUGUGGGAUCUGCUCUACUCUAAAUACAUCACUGAGGAGAAGAGGAGAGAGCUUGUGCAACAGUACAAGUCUGGAUCAAUCACAAUUGAUCGUCUUUUAGAGAUUAUCCUGACAAUCAUUCAGCAACAAACAAAAUCAGACAGCAACUCAACAAAAACUACCAUCACAACUACUACAGUCACAGAGACAUGUGAAGUUCCAGACUUCCAUGGAAUCAGGAAGGAAGUCAGUGCUACUGAGCUGCUAGAAUCAAAAAUCAUCACUGAGGAACUCUACAAAGAUCUUAGCUCUGGAAAAAUCACAGUGACGGAAGUGAGUGAAAUGGAUUCAGUAAGCAAGUACCUUGAGGGGACCAACAGCAUUGCAGGGGUGUAUGUGCAGUCUACCAUGGAGACCCUGAGUAUCUACGAAGCCAAAAGUAAGGGCCUGCUAACUCCUGGUACUUCUCUGGUUCUGCUGGAGGCCCAAGCUGCCACUGGCUUUGUCACUGAUCCAGUGACCAACAAGAAACUUUCAGUAGAGGAAGCUGUGGCUCAAGGAGUGGUUGGCAGUGAGUGGAAAAACAAACUGCUUUCAGCAGAAAGGGCCGUAACAGGAUACAAAGAUCCCUACACUGGAAACACAAUUUCUUUGUUCCAAGCUUUGAAAAAAGAUCUCAUUGUGAAAGAUCAUGGAAUUCGUCUCCUUGAAGCACAAAUUGCAACUGGAGGAAUAAUUGAUCCAGUCUACAGUCACAGAGUGCCUGUACAAGUGGCAUAUGAAAGAGGUUACUUUGAUGAGGAAAUGAACCAGAUCUUGUCUGAUCCUGAUGAUGACACCAAGGGCUUCUUUGAUCCCAACACUAAAGAGAACCUAACCUAUCUCCAGCUGGUGGAGAGAUGUGUGACCGAUCCCAUCACUGGCUUUAGCUUACUGGUCAUUGUGAAGAAAGGCGAGUUUUAUUUCUUUGUUGAUGAGGCUACAAAACUCAUUCUGAAAUCUACUACAACAAACAAAGCAGGGGGGAAAUACCAAGGAACAACAGUGUCUCUGUGGGAUCUGCUCUACUCCAAAUACAUCACUGAGGAGAAGAGGAGAGAGCUUGUGCAACAGUACAAGUCUGGGUCAAUCACAAUUGAUCGUCUUUUAGAGAUUAUCCUGACAAUCAUUCAGCAACAAACAAAAUCAGACAGCAACACAACAAAAACUACCAUCACCACUACUACAGUCACAGAGACAUGUGAAGUUCCAGACUUCCAUGGAAUCAGGAAGGAAGUCAGUGCUACUGAGCUGCUAGAAUCAAAAAUCAUCACUGAGGAACUCUACAAAGAUCUUAGCUCUGGAAAAAUCACAGUGACGGAAGUGAGUGAAAUGGAUUCAGUAAGCAAGUACCUUGAGGGGACCAACAGCAUUGCAGGGGUGUAUGUGCAGUCUACCAUGGAGACCCUGAGUAUCUACGAAGCCAAAAGUAAGGGCCUGCUAACUCCUGGUACUUCUCUGGUUCUGCUGGAGGCCCAAGCUGCCACUGGCUUUGUCAUUGAUCCAGUGACCAACAAGAAACUUUCAGUAGAGGAAGCUGUGGCUCAAGGAGUGGUUGGCAGUGAGUGGAAAAACAAACUGCUUUCAGCAGAAAGGGCCGUAACAGGAUACAAAGAUCCCUACACUGGAAACACAAUUUCUUUGUUCCAAGCUUUGAAAAAAGAUCUCAUUGUGAAAGAUCAUGGAAUUCGUCUCCUUGAAGCACAAAUUGCAACUGGAGGAAUAAUUGAUCCAGUCUACAGUCACAGAGUGCCUGUACAAGUGGCAUAUGAAAGAGGUUACUUUGAUGAGGAAAUGAACCAGAUCUUGUCUGAUCCGGAUGAUGACACUAAGGGCUUCUUUGAUCCAAACACUAAAGAGAACCUAACCUAUCUCCAGCUGGUGGAGAGAUGUGUCACAGAUCCCAUCACAGGCUUUAGCUUACUGGUCAUUGUGAAGAAAGGCGAGUUUUAUUUCUUUGUUGAUGAGGCUACAAAACUCAUUCUGAAAUCUACUACAACAAACAAAGCAGGGGGGAAAUACCAAGGAACAACAGUGUCUCUGUGGGAUCUGCUCUACUCUAAAUACAUCACUGAGGAGAAGAGGAGAGAGCUUGUGCAACAGUACAAGUCUGGGUCAAUCACAAUUGAUCGUCUUUUAAAGAUUAUCCUGACAAUCAUUCAGCAACAAACAAAAUCAGACAGCAACACAACAAAAACUACCAUCACCACUACUACAGUCACAGAGACAUGUGAAGUUCCAGACUUCCAUGGAAUCAGGAAGGAAGUCAGUGCUACUGAGCUGCUAGAAUCAAAAAUUAUCACUGAGGAACUCUACAAAGAUCUUAGCUCUGGAAAAGUCACAGUGACGGAAGUGAGUGAAAUGGAUUCAGUAAGCAAGUACCUUGAGGGGACCAACAGCAUUGCAGGGGUGUACGUGCAGUCUACCAUGGAGACCCUGAGUAUCUUCGAAGCCAAAAGUAAAGGCUUGCUGACUCCUGGUACUUCUCUGGUUCUGCUGGAGGCCCAAGCUGCCACUGGCUUUGUCAUUGAUCCAGUGAACAACAAGAAACUUUCAGUAGAGGAAGCUGUGGCUCAAGGAGUGGUUGGCAGUGAGUGGAAAAACAAACUGCUUUCAGCAGAAAGGGCCGUAACAGGAUACAAAGAUCCCUACACUGGAAACACAAUUUCUUUGUUCCAAGCUUUGAAAAAAGAUCUCAUUGUGAAAGAUCAUGGAAUACGUCUCCUUGAAGCGCAAAUUGCAACUGGAGGAAUAAUUGAUCCAGUCUACAGUCACAGAGUGCCUGUACAAGUGGCAUAUGAAAGAGGUUACUUUGAUGAGGAAAUGAACCAGAUCUUGUCUGAUCCUGAUGAUGACACCAAGGGCUUCUUUGAUCCCAACACUACAGAGAACCUAACCUAUCUCCAGCUGGUGGAGAGAUGUGUGACCGAUCCCAUCACUGGCUUUAGCUUACUGGUCAUUGUGAAGAAAGGCGAGUUUUAUUUCUUUGUUGAUGAGGCUACAAAACUCAUUCUGAAAUCUACUACAACAAACAAAGCAGGGGGGAAAUACCAAGGAACAACAGUGUCUCUGUGGGAUCUGCUCUACUCCAAAUACAUCACUGAGGAGAAGAGGAGAGAGCUUGUGCAACAGUACAAGUCUGGGUCAAUCACAAUUGAUCGUCUUUUAGAGAUUAUCCUGACAAUCAUUCAGCAACAAACAAAAUCAGACAGCAACACAACAAAAACUACCAUCACCACUACUACAGUCACAGAGACAUGUGAAGUUCCAGACUUCCAUGGAAUCAGGAAGGAAGUCAGUGCUACUGAGCUGCUAGAAUCAAAAAUCAUCACUGAGGAACUCUACAAAGAUCUUAGCUCUGGAAAAAUCACAGUGACGGAAGUGAGUGAAAUGGAUUCAGUAAGCAAGUACCUUGAGGGGACCAACAGCAUUGCAGGGGUGUAUGUGCAGUCUACAAUGGAGACCCUGAGUAUCUACGAAGCCAAAAGUAAGGGCCUGCUAACUCCUGGUACUUCUCUGGUUCUGCUGGAGGCCCAAGCUGCCACUGGCUUUGUCAUUGAUCCAGUGACCAACAAGAAACUUUCAGUAGAGGAAGCUGUGGCUCAAGGAGUGGUUGGCAGUGAGUGGAAAAACAAACUGCUUUCAGCAGAAAGGGCCGUAACAGGAUACAAAGAUCCCUACACUGGAAACACAAUUUCUUUGUUCCAAGCUUUGAAAAAAGAUCUCAUUGUGAAAGAUCAUGGAAUUCGUCUCCUUGAAGCACAAAUUGCAACUGGAGGAAUAAUUGAUCCAGUCUACAGUCACAGAGUGCCUGUACAAGUGGCAUAUGAAAGAGGUUACUUUGAUGAGGAAAUGAACCAGAUCUUGUCUGAUCCGGAUGAUGACACUAAGGGCUUCUUUGAUCCAAACACUAAAGAGAACCUAACCUAUCUCCAGCUGGUGGAGAGAUGUGUCACAGAUCCCAUCACAGGCUUUAGCUUACUGGUCAUUGUGAAGAAAGGCGAGUUUUAUUUCUUUGUUGAUGAGGCUACAAAACUCAUUCUGAAAUCUACUACAACAAACAAAGCAGGGGGGAAAUACCAAGGAACAACAGUGUCUCUGUGGGAUCUGCUCUACUCUAAAUACAUCACUGAGGAGAAGAGGAGAGAGCUUGUGCAACAGUACAAGUCUGGGUCAAUCACAAUUGAUCGUCUUUUAAAGAUUAUCCUGACAAUCAUUCAGCAACAAACAAAAUCAGACAGCAACACAACAAAAACUACCAUCACCACUACUACAGUCACAGAGACAUGUGAAGUUCCAGACUUCCAUGGAAUCAGGAAGGAAGUCAGUGCUACUGAGCUGCUAGAAUCAAAAAUUAUCACUGAGGAACUCUACAAAGAUCUUAGCUCUGGAAAAGUCACAGUGACGGAAGUGAGUGAAAUGGAUUCAGUAAGCAAGUACCUUGAGGGGACCAACAGCAUUGCAGGGGUGUACGUGCAGUCUACCAUGGAGACCCUGAGUAUCUUCGAAGCCAAAAGUAAAGGCUUGCUGACUCCUGGUACUUCUCUGGUUCUGCUGGAGGCCCAAGCUGCCACUGGCUUUGUCAUUGAUCCAGUGAACAACAAGAAACUUUCAGUAGAGGAAGCUGUGGCUCAAGGAGUGGUUGGCAGUGAGUGGAAAAACAAACUGCUUUCAGCAGAAAGGGCCGUAACAGGAUACAAAGAUCCCUACACUGGAAACACAAUUUCUUUGUUCCAAGCUUUGAAAAAAGAUCUCAUUGUGAAAGAUCAUGGAAUUCGUCUCCUUGAAGCACAAAUUGCAACUGGAGGAAUAAUUGAUCCAGUCUACAGUCACAGAGUGCCUGUACAAGUGGCAUAUGAAAGAGGUUACUUUGAUGAGGAAAUGAACCAGAUCUUGUCUGAUCCUGAUGAUGACACCAAGGGCUUCUUUGAUCCCAACACUACAGAGAACCUAACCUAUCUCCAGCUGGUGGAGAGAUGUGUGACCGAUCCCAUCACUGGCUUUAGCUUACUGGUCAUUGUGAAGAAAGGCGAGUUUUAUUUCUUUGUUGAUGAGGCUACAAAACUCAUUCUGAAAUCUACUACAACAAACAAAGCAGGGGGGAAAUACCAAGGAACAACAGUGUCUCUGUGGGAUCUGCUCUACUCCAAAUACAUCACUGAGGAGAAGAGGAGAGAGCUUGUGCAACAGUACAAGUCUGGGUCAAUCACAAUUGAUCGUCUUUUAGAGAUUAUCCUGACAAUCAUUCAGCAACAAACAAAAUCAGACAGCAACACAACAAAAACUACCAUCACCACUACUAUAGUCACAGAGACAUGUGAAGUUCCAGACUUCCAUGGAAUCAGGAAGGAAGUCAGUGCUACUGAGCUGCUAGAAUCAAAAAUCAUCACUGAGGAACUCUACAAAGAUCUUAGCUCUGGAAAAAUCACAGUGACGGAAGUGAGUGAAAUGGAUUCAGUAAGCAAGUACCUUGAGGGGACCAACAGCAUUGCAGGGGUGUACGUGCAGUCUACCAUGGAGACCCUGAGUAUCUACGAAGCCAAAAGUAAGGGCCUGCUAACUCCUGGUACUUCUCUGGUUCUGCUGGAGGCCCAAGCUGCCACUGGCUUUGUCAUUGAUCCAGUGACCAACAAGAAACUUUCAGUAGAGGAAGCUGUGGCUCAAGGAGUGGUUGGCAGUGAGUGGAAAAACAAACUGCUUUCAGCAGAAAGGGCCGUAACAGGAUACAAAGAUCCCUACACUGGAAACACAAUUUCUUUGUUCCAAGCUUUGAAAAAAGAUCUCAUUGUGAAAGAUCAUGGAAUUCGUCUCCUUGAAGCACAAAUUGCAACUGGAGGAAUAAUUGAUCCAGUCUACAGUCACAGAGUGCCUGUACAAGUGGCAUAUGAAAGAGGUUACUUUGAUGAGGAAAUGAACCAGAUCUUGUCUGAUCCUGAUGAUGACACCAAGGGCUUCUUUGAUCCCAACACCAAAGAGAACCUAACCUAUCUCCAGCUGGUGGAGAGAUGUGUGACCGAUCCCAUCACUGGCUUUAGCUUACUGGUCAUUGUGAAGAAAGGCGAGUUUUAUUUCUUUGUUGAUGAGGCUACAAAACUCAUUCUGAAAUCUACUACAACAAACAAAGCAGGGGGGAAAUACCAAGGAACAACAGUGUCUCUGUGGGAUCUGCUCUACUCUAAAUACAUCACUGAGGAGAAGAGGAGAGAGCUUGUGCAACAGUACAAGUCUGGGUCAAUCAUAAUUGAUCGUCUUUUAGAGAUUAUCCUGACAAUCAUUCAGCAACAAACAAAAUCAGACAGCAACACAACAAAAACUACCAUCACCACUACUACAGUCACAGAGACAUGUGAAGUUCCAGACUUCCAUGGAAUCAGGAAGGAAGUCAGUGCUACUGAGCUGCUAGAAUCAAAAAUCAUCACUGAGGAACUCUACAAAGAUCUUAGCUCUGGAAAAAUCACAGUGACGGAAGUGAGUGAAAUGGAUUCAGUAAGCAAGUACCUUGAGGGGACCAACAGCAUUGCAGGGGUGUACGUGCAGUCUACCAUGGAGACCCUGAGUAUCUACGAAGCCAAAAGUAAAGGCCUGCUAACUCCUGGUACUUCUCUGGUUCUGCUGGAGGCCCAAGCUGCCACUGGCUUUGUCAUUGAUCCAGUGACCAACAAGAAACUUUCAGUAGAGGAAGCUGUGGCUCAAGGAGUGGUUGGCAGUGAGUGGAAAAACAAACUGCUUUCAGCAGAAAGGGCCGUAACAGGAUACAAAGAUCCCUACACUGGAAACACAAUUUCUUUGUUCCAAGCUUUGAAAAAAGAUCUCAUUGUGAAAGAUCAUGGAAUUCGUCUCCUUGAAGCACAAAUUGCAACUGGAGGAAUAAUUGAUCCAGUCUACAGUCACAGAGUGCCUGUACAAGUGGCAUAUGAAAGAGGUUACUUUGAUGAGGAAAUGAACCAGAUCUUGUCUGAUCCUGAUGAUGACACCAAGGGCUUCUUUGAUCCCAACACCAAAGAGAACCUAACCUAUCUCCAGCUGGUGGAGAGAUGUGUGACCGAUCCCAUCACUGGCUUUAGCUUACUGGUCAUUGUGAAGAAAGGCGAGUUUUAUUUCUUUGUUGAUGAGGCUACAAAACUCAUUCUGAAAUCUACUACAACAAACAAAGCAGGGGGGAAAUACCAAGGAACAACAGUGUCUCUGUGGGAUCUGCUCUACUCCAAAUACAUCACUGAGGAGAAGAGGAGAGAGCUUGUGCAACAGUACAAGUCUGGGUCAAUCACAAUUGAUCGUCUUUUAGAGAUUAUCCUGACAAUCAUUCAGCAACAAACAAAAUCAGACAGCAACACAACAAAAACUACCAUCACCACUACUACAGUCACAGAGACAUGUGAAGUUCCAGACUUCCAUGGAAUCAGGAAGGAAGUCAGUGCUACUGAGCUGCUAGAAUCAAAAAUCAUCACUGAGGAACUCUACAAAGAUCUUAGCUCUGGAAAAAUCACAGUGACGGAAGUGAGUGAAAUGGAUUCAGUAAGCAAGUACCUUGAGGGAACCAACAGCAUUGCAGGGGUGUACGUACAGUCUACCAUGGAGACCCUGAGUAUCUACAAAGCCAAAGGUAAAGGCCUGCUGACUCCUGGUACUUCUCUGGUUCUGCUGGAGGCCCAAGCUGCCACUGGCUUUGUCAUUGAUCCAGUGAACAACAAGAAACUUUCAGUAGAGGAAGCUGUGGCUCAAGGAGUGGUUGGCAGUGAGUGGAAAAACAAACUGCUUUCAGCAGAAAGGGCCGUAACAGGAUACAAAGAUCCCUACACUGGAAACACAAUUUCUUUGUUCCAAGCUUUGAAAAAAGAUCUCAUUGUGAAAGAUCAUGGAAUUCGUCUCCUUGAAGCGCAAAUCGCAACUGGAGGAAUAAUUGAUCCAGUCUACAGUCACAGAGUGCCUGUACAAGUGGCAUAUGAAAGAGGUUACUUUGAUGAGGAAAUGAACCAGAUUUUGUCUGAUGCUGAUGAUGACACUAAGGGCUUCUUUGAUCCCAACACCAAAGAGAACCUAACCUAUCUCCAGCUGGUGGAGAGAUGUGUCACCGAUCCCAUCACAGGCCUUAGCUUACUCCCCUUGCACAGGUGAGGGAAAGGAAAUCUUCUUAAAUGAUUAUUCUUGUCUUUUUCCCAGUAUCUGAUUUUUUACUAACUACUGAUGCUAGUAGUAACAAAAUAACUUCACCGCAUUUGUUUUAGAGUUUCAGUUUUAGUCAAGCCAAGGCUGUUCUCAAAGAAAUAUGGAGAAAAAUACUGUAUUGUGCUGAAUACUUUUCCUUGCUUAAAAAAUAGAGAGCAAGAGAUGAAUUUCCUACUCUAUCACAGGAAGCAGUGUUUUGUUUCAAGGUUUUGAUCACCAUGCGGAUUAAAGUCCCUUUGAAACAGCAAGCACUUUUAUUGGUUUUCAUCUCUAUUUUUACUUAAUUCUGAUCAUCUUUGACUACAUACGACAGUAACUGGUAUAAAAACAUUUUGGAUUCAUGAUACUUUUCCUUGGUUAAUGUUACUUCAUGUCAUUUGUGGCAUCCAUGGGUUUUACUGUUUCCACACAGUUGUAACUAGAUGGGUUCAGCCUAACCUGCUUUCACAUCACAUAUAGAAGCUCAACUUAAUUAUGUUGUACUGUACUUGGGCAAAAACCUUCCUUUACACACAAAUACAUUGUGUGUCUUAAAUAAGUGAAAUGUGACUACAAUGAAUAUAGUUUUGCAUUGCCUGCUUUGACUUACCCUGGGAGCAACCCAUGCAUUUGUUUUUUUUCUACACUUUUACAACAUUCAUUGCUCAAAUUGUUUCAUUGUGCAGCCCAAUAAAUAAAUGAGAUAUGAAUACUA